AUGGCUCCUUGGGACGAUUUCGACUCUAUCUUCUAUUUCAACAAGAACUUCACCUACGAUGGCAAGGUCAUUGAGCAGAUCGUCGCCAACCGCCGUGCGCUUGAAAACCAGCUGUUCGCCGACAGACUGCUAGGAUUGCUCGGAGUUAAAGCAGUCACGCAACUUUACCCUCCCAGAUCCAAUGCAGACCUCCGGACUCUUGUCGGACAUAUACUUUCCUCCCCCAUGGACAUAGAGCACAAGCAAGCGUUGAUCUACUAUAUCCUGAAAGAUUGCCGUGCCGCCAGCGAUGCGGCUUCCCAGUUUUCGCGCCGGUGUCAUUUGCCGGAGAAGUACAGGCUGUUCAUAGAAGGACUGUGGAAUCUUGAUAGGCUUGAAUUCAAGCGAGCCGUAGAAUAUCUGACCGAGCCUUCUAUCAUUCCAACUUUCCCGGAUGAAAUCCUCUAUGUCCUUACUCUUCCUCGGCUUCCCAAGCACGAUGACAGCCUCGUAAUGACAUACUACCUUACUGUUUCCCCGCCUUUGGCAUCGGAGAAGGUCCAGCGAGCCUUCUUCAAGACGCUCUGUCGCUCAAGCAUUACGGAGGCCUUCUACUUCACCCGCAAGAACGACGACACUCUACGUCGAAGCUACCUUACACAGCUCAUUGAGUUCGUGCACACAACAGACGCUGGCCAACUUCGGAGCAGUCGCGCGCUGGAACUGAUCGGUCUUCCAUUCGACGAUCAAGAAGAGGAAUGGUUCGAGGAUGCUCUGCUUAACGGUAGUGCAAAGGGUCACCAUGGCUCCAAGGACACAGUCAUGAUGCGCCGCCUUGCUAGUGGCAAGUUGGGUGGACUGGCCCAGGAGCUUGAGUCCCUCGGUGGGGAGAAGAUUGACGGACUGAACUGGGAUGUCCUGAGGCAGAGCGUCACACAUACACAGACUUCUCACUCCAGCGGUGGACAAGCGUGA